AUAUUUAAUGAAAUUUGAUUAGAAGAUUAACCCUCAUAUAAAUGGAGAAUCUUUGCGUGUUGGAUCGCAAUCCGAAACUAAUCAAACCGGUCAAAUUGUUCACAAUAAAUGCACUCAACAAACCCCAAACCUAAUAACCACCUCUUAUAUGACACACAGUGGCAACACACACACACACCGUCUGUGAAUGCCACAGUUUCUUAGAAAACGACAUCCCAUUCCCCUUAGCUUCUCUCUCUCUAUUUUCAACGGCCAUGGCCUCGAAUGCGAAGCUCUCCUACCAAAGGCUGAGGCACGAGGCUUGGUUCGACGACGACGACGAAUACUACGACCUCCGGGAGAAGGUGAUCGGGAGGCUGAGGAGCUCGAGAUUUAAGAGGUUCCACGUCAAGAAAAAAUUGAAAGUGAAGAUCCCAAAUUUGAAGAGAUUCUUGAGAGUAAAAGCAAGAUUGGUGAAGUUUGCAUGGAGAAAAGUGUGCAAGAGAUUGAGGGAAAGUCAGUCGCAUUUUGGCGAUCUUUUUGCUGGGAAUUAUCUCUUCAUGCAGGUCACUCCAACUCCAUUGAAAUAUCAUGUUUCUGGGGUUGCAUGAUUCUUCUAUUUCAAAUCGUGUUUCAUCUUCUACUCCCAGUUCAAUUCAUAUGAAACUAGGUGUAUAUUUAUGUAACACGAUUUUAUGUCAAAUAAGGAUAAGGGGUAACAGCUAGCGUUUAAAUGUAUGAACAAACAAUCCAGCUGCCACAUAAUACACAAAUUUUUAAUUAUUCCAAA